AUGGAGGGCGAACGGCACGAUACGAAAAGGCAGGGCGAGGCGGAUGGAGAAAGAAGCCGCGAGCAGACAGCGCCUGCUGGCCACCUCGAGACAUUCGCCAAGAACGCUAGCUACAUGGGAGGGCUUCGUGAAGGAUGGAUUGAAAAACAUUCGAACAAAGAAGAGGCGACGGGAGGAACCGGCAGAGGAUGCAGGCCCGAGCUGGACUCUGCGAUCCACGAGAUCAACGCCGAAAUGGCGGAGCUGUUUGGAACCGCGCCUGGCGAGGAUCCUCCCUCGCAGCGAGAUCUGCCCGGCCUCGCGCAGGCCGCGAGCAGCCAUCAGAGCCCGCACGCGCCGCCCGGAAAGUCUGCUGACCUGCAGUCUGCAGCGCUGGCCGCGCUGGCGGCGGGGAUGCGGGACGCGGCGCAGGCGCCGGGCGGCGGUCCCGUUCCGCUCGCGGCCGCCUCCCCGAUGCCGGCCCGCGCCCACACCAGCAGCGGCGCCGCCGUCGCGCUGCACGCAAAGAUCGUCUGGGCGACGGACGAGCUGUCGCGGGCAGCCGAGCCUGCAAAGGCGACGGAGCUGGCGAACCUGAUCGGCGCUUGCGCGCGCGCGGCGAGCGAGCUCGGCGAGCCCUUCGCCGGGCGGCCGCCCUCCCAGUAA